AUGGCCAAGAAACGGGAGGCUCUUCGGACAAUGAAGAUUCUUCAAAGGAAGUGCAGAAGCGUAUUUCUUGCCUUUGCGGACGAUACUUUUGUUUUCACUACCUACGGUACGAUCUCGUCUCACUUCGGCCAGGGCUCCAUGGGAUCAUGGCUCGUCACGGCAUACAAUCUAGGAUUCGCCGUCUCCUUGCCCGUCGUAUGA